CGCUGGGCCGGGGGCGAUGAGGCGGGCGGCGGCGGCUGCUGCUCUGCCUCCGGGGCUGCAACGUCUGGAAGGCGGUCACCAAAACCUUAGCAGCCGCGGCGGCUCAAGAAGUCACUCUGAAGGUCCAUGUCAGUGAUGCCAGCACACAUCAGCCAGUCACCGAAGCCUUUAUUGAGAUUUUUACCAACCAGAUCCCCAUUGCUUCUGGAACCUCAGGGGCAGAUGGCACUGCCUUCAUCAAGUUUCAGUAUAAGCUGGGCAGUCAACUGAUCGUUACUGCCACUAAGCAUGCUUAUGUGCCAAAUUCUGCACCAUGGAAACCUAUAAGAUUGCCUGUGUUUUCUUCUCUGAGCCUUGGCCUUCUUCCUGAACGUUCAGCUACUCUAAUGGUGUAUGAAGAUGUUGUACAAAUAGUCUCAGGAUUUCAAGGUGCACGGAUUCAACCCAAAGUUCAUUUUCAAAGGAGAGCCCUGAAACUGCCAGAGAACACCAGCUUUAGUGACCUCACAGCAUUUCUUACUUCAGCUAGUUCACUGUGGGAGGUGGAUAGUUUCCCUUAUUUGCAAGGAUAUGAUGGCAAUGGAACUGGAAAUAACACUAGGUAUGAUCUUACUCCUGUCACUGCAGUUAGUGUUCACUUACUCAGAAGCGAUGGGAGUCCAGUGCCAGUGAAUGGGCCCAUCUAUGUCACAGUGCCUCUCCCAACAACCAGCAACUUGAAGCAUAGUACUCAUGUGCCUGCUUGGAGGUUUGACCAAAAGUUUGGGACAUGGCUGAAAAGCAGUUUAGGCAUCAUAGAACAAGAAGGAAGUGAGAUGACCUGGACAUACAUUGCACCACAGUUGGGAUACUGGGUUGCAGCCAUGUCUCCCACAAAGCCAGGUCCCAUUGUAGCCCCAGAUAUAACCACUUACCACACCGUGUUCCUUUUGGCAAUUCUAGGAGGAAUGGCUCUUAUCCUUCUUGUUUUGCUGUGCCUCCUUUUGUACUACUGCAGGAGAAAAUGCUUGAAACCACGUCAGCACCAUAAGAAACUUCAGCUUUCCACAGCUCUUAAUGGAACCAAGAAAGAUCAGUCAACCUCCAUGUCCCACCUCAACUUAAUAUUUUCACGACGAGAGUCAGAAUUUCCAGGAGGGCUCUCUAUUGCUAGCAAUAGACACGCAGAAUCCACAGGCCACAAGGAGUUGAUUGGAGCUGUCCACAUGGAGAAAGGCUGUUUGGGUGGAGAGGCAGAUAUGUGUACACCCAUGCUUAAGCAUGCAUACAGCACCUCACAGGAGUUUAGUUCCCGGGAAGAAUUGCUUUCCCAUAAGGAGAAGGACCAAAGCCGGAUGUCUUUAGAGAACAUGGCCUCUAGUGACACUUUGCGAAAAGACUACCUGAAAUCAGUGGAUACGUUCCCUAUAAAUCCAAGGAAAUCUGUGGAAACAUCUGAAGGAUAUGGCUCCCCCGAUAAGGAAGAUCAAAGGAGAAGUUACAAUGCAAUGUUAACUCGGCCUUUAUUUGAAAAGCCGGAGCAAGCAUCUAUGAACCAUAUUUCUACAGGAAGUAAAUAUAAUAUUCAAGAACAACUGUACCCCAUCCCUUCAGCUCCUGAAACGGAACUGUUAGACUGCAGACCCUCUGAAUGUAUGAUGUCUCGCUCAGUCGACCAUCUUGAAAGACCCACUUCUUUUCCUCGGCCAGGUCAGCUGAUCUGCUGUAAUUCUGUUGAUCAGGUUAAUGACAGUGUUUACAGAAAAGUAUUGCCUACACUAGUUAUUCCAGGUCAUUACAUGAAGCUUCCUGGAGAACAUCCUUAUGUUAGCCAGCCUUUGGUUGUUCCCACUGACCAACAAAUUGAUAUUGAGAGACUCCAGGCUGAACUGUCAAGCCCACAUUCCCAGCUUUUUCCACAUUCCCAGCAACAGAUGCAGCCUCAGCAGCUGGCUGCUCAAGCAAUAUCUCAGCAACAUUUGCAAGAAGCUGGGGCAAGUGAAUGGAGCACCCAGAACGUUUCCAUGUCUGAAUCAGUAUCCAUUCCAGCCUCACUCAAUGAUGCCUCUUUGGCACAAAUGAAUAGCGAAGUGCAGCUUCUUACUGAGAAAGCUCUAAUGGAGUUAGGAGGAGGGAAGCCUUUACCUCAUCCUCGGGCAUGGUUUGUUUCUCUUGAUGGACGUUCAAAUGCUCAUGUUAGACAUUCAUACAUCGAUCUUCAAAGAGCUGGAAGGAAUGGCAGCAAUGAUGCCAGUUUGGAUUCUGGGGUUGACAUGAAUGAGCCAAAAUCUGCCCGAAAGGGAAGGGGAGAGCAUUUGUCUCUGCAGCAAACGCAUCCACAAGCGCAGGUACAUCCUCCAAAAGAGCAGAAAGUUCCGGAUAGCACAGCUUAUACACAGCUUGUGUAUUUGGAUGACAUGGACCAAAGUGGCAGUGAAUGUGGAACUGCAGUUUGCAGCCCAGAGGACAGCACUCUAAGGUGUCUGUUGGAUGGAGGAAGCAGAAGAACAGGUGGACAGUUACCCAGCCUUCAAGAAGAAACAUUAAAAAGAACUGUAGAAAGUUCACCAGAGCCUUUAACAAGUCCAGAACACACAAUGGCUGUCCAAGAUGAAGGUGAAGAUGAGGAAGAGGAUGAUGAGGAUGACCAAGGAGAAGAUAAAAAGAGUCCCUGGCAAAAACGAGAGGAAAGACCCCUCAUGACUUUCAACUUGAAGUGAACUACAAUGAAUUUUAUCUUCUUUCCUACCCACCCCUCCCAGUGGAAUAUAAAAUUGCCAAAUGUUUUUUCUGUGAAUGUCCUCAGUUUGUCAGUAGAUGAGGACAAAAAGAAAAGAAAAGUUGACAAUUGAACCACAGGGAGAACAACACAAAGUACACUCUAAGAAUUACUCAGUAACCAAUUACUUUGAAAAUCUAUAGGAGAGUGCAAGAGAAGAGUGUGACUAUAAUUCCAUUUACUUGACAUCAGCCAUCAAAGACAUUUGGACAUAUGGGCAUGCAGUAUGGCAGAUUAUGACCUCAGAUGUCCCUGGAAAGGGAUCUUUGUGAAGCAUUGUUAAAUUUUCUUAAUUGUAUCAUGAUGAUGCUACUGAAGAGGUAUCUUUACUUAAAGUUUGAUACUUGACGUCUACAGAUAUGCAUUAUCUCAAAGAAAGGCUAUGCAUUGCUGCUUUUUAGUAAUCUUAUUUGUUUGUUUAAACUACGCUUUUCUUACUUAUUUACAAGGUAGUUGUAAAACAUUGUAUGUCUCUUUCUUGUAAUCUGCUCGGCAAUUGAGUUUUAUCUACAUGAAGCCUGAGUAGCAUUUCUUGGUAUUUGAAGAGCCUUUUUAUGAAACCAAACUGAGUUUUAAAUCAGCUGCGAUUCCUCCAAUUCUGGCCUCCCCCAACUCCAAGUGCCUUUUUUACAGGAACAGUGAACAGCCCCUUCUUUUUGCUGGCGCCUUGAAUAUUCAGAUUUUUUUUUAAAAAAAAAUCUGACCUUCUCUAUCUGCAUGCCAUCAAGUGUCUGUGCUGAAUGAUUCCUCAUUUCACUACAGUUUAUUCUCUCGUUAUGGUGUGUACUGUGGCUUCUGUUUUGCAAAGAUAGACUAGAGGACAUCAUUGGAAAAACCCAAAGUAGCCAAGAAGAUAGUUUUACCGACUGUAUAUAUGAUGUAUAUAGGCUCGAGUGACAUGGACUAUGGACCAAGCAAGUGGACUGAAUGUGUUUUAGAAAUGUCGGGCAAAGUUAUUACGUACUAUCCAAAAGUGCCAGAUACACUUCUGUGCUUUCUCUACAUAAAGCUGCUUGGUUAUCCAAAAAUUAUAAUUGAAAAAUAAAAGUUUAUAAAAAGUGA